AUGUUAAAAUUCUUAAAAUUACUUCGAUUUAAUAAACGUAUUCAAAUGCUAUCGAAAUCAUUGAGUUAUGCUCAACAAGAUUUAAGUUCAUUUGGAUUUGUAUUUUUAAUAUUUAUAUUAGCAUAUGCACAUAUGGGUUUUGCUGUAUUUGGUCGUUCACUUAUUAAUUUUAAAACGUUUACAAGUUCAUUAACAACUUGUUUUCGAAUGCUUUUGGGUGAAAUCAAUGCUCCUGAUAUGUUUGCUGUUAGUCGACUCUAUGGUAUAUUUUAUUUUCUCUCAUUUAUUAUGCUUGUAUUCAUCGCUUUAUUAAGUAUAUUUAUAACAAUUUUAAAUGAUUCAUUUGCACAUAUUAAACGAGAAUUAGCUGCAAAAGAACAUAGAAAUGAAAUAAUGGAUUUUAUGUGGUCGACAUUUCGAAAAGUUGCUGGAAUAAAUAAUCGUAAAAUGUCAGGCGGUGAAGAUGAUUUAUUGAAAAUGGGACGUAUGAAUAGAGAUCGUAAAGUUCCAUUGGCUCAAUUUGAUCGCGAUGUAAUUUAA